AUGGAUGAUUUGAGACAACAACAGCAGCAGGACCUAGAUGUCCAGCAAAUUAUACAAAACAUUAAAGCAAAAAACCACAAUCCCAAAUAUUUUGUCGAAAAUGAUUUAUUGAUGCGGCGCCAGAAUCCUUUACCACCCGUUCCUUACGUACCAAAAAGCAGAAUCCGCUCAGAUAUUAUUAAAAUUUAUCACGAUACACCGGCCAACGGUGCACAUUUUGGUUGCGAUAAAACCACCAAGAAAAUUCAACACCGGUAUUUUUGGCCCACAAUGAUUAAAGAUAUCAAAAAUCAUAUCAAAUCCUGUGUGCCUUGCUUACAAAAUAAUCAUUCGCGCCGAAAACCGAAUGGAGCCUUGAAGCCAAUAAAGCCACCCGAUGGCGUUUGGCACUUGCUAACAAUGGACUUCCACGGACCCAUUAUACCGAUUUCGCAACGCGGUAACAAAUAUAUUAUCUCUCUCACCGAUGUCCUAUCCAAGUUUGUCAUUGCAAAAGCAGUUCGCGAUUGCACAGCUGAAACAGCAGCACGUUUUCUCAAGGAGGUCAUUUUAAAAUAUGGCACACCUCGGUGCAUUUUGACCGAUAACGGGAGUCAUUUCACAGCAGCAAUGAUGGAAGAAUUAUUUAAACGAAUGGGUGUUAUUUAUCUAUAUUCGACACCGUAUCAUCCGCAGACUAACGGACAAAUCGAACGAUACAACGCUACCAUGGAUGCAAAAAUUGCUGCAUUAUCAAAUGAACGUCGUACAAACUGGGACGAACAGCUACCAUUCGUAACUUUCGGUUAUAACACCAGUAUCCACGCAACAAUUGGACAAACACCGUUCGAAAUGAUGUACGGUCGAAAACCCGUUCUCCCAUUUGAUCAACAAUCACCUCUCGUUUCCCUACCCCAAGAUCCUGAACACGUACAAAAAUUAAACGAAUAUCUAUCGGGUCUAACUGGUGAUGCAAAAAGAAAUAUCCUCGACCAACAGCAAAAAUAUAAACAACGCUAUGAUUUGCAUCGAUCUAAUCCUAGCUACAAAAUUGGUGCUCUCGUUCUUGUAAAAACACUCGAUAAGCGAAAUAAAUUUGAUAUCCGUUAA